CCCCGGAAAGGCGGCCCUAGGAGGGGGGUCUUCCAUCGGCCCGCCGUCACCACAUACCCAAGUGAGAAGACUCUCGCACAGCUCCACCCGCUCCACCGACUCCACGUUGAACAUCUUCCUCUGCUGGGGCUUGGCAGCGCCUCCCCACCUAGCCAGAAACCGCCGCCGCCUGGCCUGGGGUUGGUCCGGAGGGUCCGGGCAGCUGACCGGGCCUCUGGCCCACCUCCUUCGUGCGCCCUGGCCGCCUACACUCGCCGGCACUGGCAAUGGGUCCCGCACCGUCACCCCCGUGCCCCUCCUUCUCCUUUCACUCGGGACUGCGCGCCGCCGCCAGCCCACGGCCACGCCCGCCACCCCGCGUCCCCGCCCCCGGCCGCCUACACCGCCUCCAGCGAACUCCGCAGCCGGCGAGCGCCGCGGCGGCGAACCACUGCGCACAAUCGAAUUGCACUCCGCCCGCGCGCCCCGACGCCGGCCGCAGCGUGCCCGACGCGCACGCGCCCGGGCUUGCGGCGCGGGUCUUCCUUGCCCCGCCGCCGGCUCGCGCCCUCACGGAAGCUCAAAUGUGCGCGUGCGCCUGCGCCCGCACUUCAAAUUAAAAAAGGGACAGCUUGUGGUUGCCCUGGAGGGGUGGCGGGGGCACUCCCCGGAAAUAAUCUUUAAUCUCUAUCACCAGGAAUUGGCGAGGUAGUCCCUCUGCGGUGGAGAGACCUGGAAUGGCCAGAUAUCAAGGUGAAGUCCAAAGUUUGAAACUGGACGAUGAUUCAGUUAUAGAAGGAGUAAGUGACCAAGUACUUGUGGCAGUUGUGGUCAGUUUCACUUUGAUUGCUACCCUGGUAUAUGCACUUUUCAGAAAUGUACAUCAGAACAUUCAUCCAGAAAACCAAGAGCUAGUAAGGGUACUUCGCGAACAACUUCAAACAGAACAGGAUGCACCUGCUGCUGCUCGACAACAAUUCUACACUGACAUGUACUGUCCAAUCUGUUUACAUCAAGCUUCCUUACCUGUUGAAACAAACUGUGGACAUCUUUUUUGUGGUACCUGCAUUAUUGCAUACUGGAGAUACGGUUCAUGGCUUGGGGCAAUAAGUUGUCCAAUCUGUAGACAAACGGUAACUUUACUCCUAACAGUAUUUGAUGAAGAUGAUCAGUCUCAGGAUGUUGUAAGAUUACAUCAAGAUAUUAAUGAUUAUAACCGGAGAUUCUCAGGGCAGCCCAGAUCUAUUAUGGAAAGAAUCAUGGAUCUACCUACUUUACUGAGACAUGCAUUCAGGGAAAUGUUUUCAGUUGGGGGUCUUUUCUGGAUGUUCCGCAUUAGGAUAAUACUUUGUUUGAUGGGAGCUUUUUUCUAUCUAAUAUCACCUCUAGAUUUUGUACCUGAAGCCUUGUUUGGAAUUCUAGGUUUUCUAGAUGAUUUCUUUGUCAUCUUUUUGUUGCUUAUCUACAUCUCUAUUAUGUAUCGAGAAGUGAUAACCCAAAGGCUAACUAGAUAAAAAAAGUUUGUUAGAAUUUGAGCUAACGUGUAAAAUCAAACAGAAGGACCUAAGGCAGUGUAAAUCAUCCAAAUAUUAUCUUACAAGUUUAAAAACCAUCAUAAGACAGACGUUUGAUUAUCAAAUACUUAGCAAUAUAUAACUGGAAUUUUUACAUGUUGCAAGUUCUAACGUUAAGAUCUUCAUUAUGAUUACAGUUGUUAUCUUGAUAAUAUGUUGUCUAUAAAGUCCCUGGAAAAAUAUGGAAUUAUAUUAAAAAGGGAUACUUUGAUAUAUUUUUCCCAAAAUUACUUACAUUAAUUGGAUAUAUAGUACAAUAUUGUCAAAUGUACAGUUUAUCCAAUUUAUCCUCCUCAGUGGGUACUCAUACAAUAAUAUGUAGCUGUGAAAGUAAUCUAAAUAUUUUGUUACAAUAAAAUAUUGUACAAUAGUGGAGAAAAGUCAGUGUUUCUUUUAGUGCUAGCUUUGUGCAUUUGGAGCAGUUCUGCUUUUCCAUUCUGGUAUAAUUCUUUGUUAUCAGCUAAAACUGAAAGAAACUUGAACUUUAUAAUUUUACUUCAUAUUUUGGUUUAUGGAACACUUUAAUCAAUAGAAUUAACAAGAUGAGAAGCACUUAUCUCUAGUUAGCACACUUGAUGGUCACAGAACAUUUAAACAGUUUUGGUCAUUUUUAGGAAUAGAAAGAUAACUUGUAAAGGGAAAUUUUCUUUAGGAACCAGGUGAUCCUGUAAAGAGUGUGAUAUAUUUCUGAGGAAAAUGGAUCUUCUUGUCUAUUAGCAUCAAAGUCCUUAGGAAGAUACUAGGAACAUGCUAACCAUCUUUGUUUAGCUAGCAACAGAAUGGAAAACUUUGGUUGUCUGUUGUCAGAAAAUUUUUAUAAUAGUGUUACCUACAUGGCAGCAUACAGCCCACAUUCACCAUGUCUUGUGCAGAAUGAGCAAAUGUGAAGUGACUGGAAAGGGUCGUUCUCUUAUUUAUUUUUUUUUUUUUUUCUAAUGCCCUUCUCUGCAGUUUUGUCUGAGAAGAGUCAUACCACAAGUAUUACAAGAUCCUUACUUCAGCUGUCAUCAUUCAUGACCAGUUGAUGACCAGGAGUCAGUGUUACCUUUGCCACUGCAGUCACUAAUAUUAUCCUUUAAUUUUAGUAAACAUAUGUAUACAUAGGAAGAUAAAAACCUGUCACAUUCUCUCAAGCUAAUCAGAUUAGCCAUCAAAUAAUAAGAUUCUGAAUAAAAUUUCAAUUUGUGUUUACUAGUUAAUUUGGACCUAAGACAAAGCUGUUGCUUGUCAUAGAAACAAUAAUGCUUGGACAUAGCACAUGAUUAAAGCAAUUUCUCACACAGUUUUCAUUUUAUCCUUAGGGAAAUUCUGUGAGAAAGGCAAGGCAUCACCUUUACAAAGAUAAAAUCCCAUGCUGUUGACUAUUGUUACUGUUUUGCCUAAAGUUCUACAGCAGAAAAGUAAGGAACUGGCAGAUAUUUAGAUAGACAUGAAGACUAUUAUGAAGAAGAGAAAUCAGGAGAAAAACAGGAUCCUUGUGAAGUCUUUCAUAAUACAUUAGUUCUUCACUGGAGUGAGAUAAGUGCUCCUAAGAGAAAAGGUCUAGAAAGAUGACACAUCAAAGACUUGCUGAAAAUUCUAUACUUCCAAAUCAAAUGUCUAAAAGUCGCAUAUAUUGCAGAAGAACAUUUUAGCUCACUCUCCAACUUGAGAAGCUAAUGAGUAGGAGUUUGUUACAUCAGACUGGAAAUGCAUUUCCUAUUACAAAUUUGGUAUGGGGCAAUAGCAAUAUCAUUUUAUGAAAGGAUUUUAUUUUCUGUGCAUGUGUUCUGCUCCAAGUGUCACAUUUCUGGUUACAACAAUUUUAUUAUAAUAUUUGGAAUUAUUACUUUCUUGGUAGAGAUGUGUUAUACCAAAUUUGCUACAUUACAAAAACACUAUAUGGUCUGAAGUCAUUAUUAAACUGAAAAGGGAAUGUUGACAUUUUUAGACCUGCUUAUUUAUGUCAUCUCUACUGAUUGCUGAUGGCAAAAACAGAAGGGAUCCAAGAGAGAAUUUGAAGCAAGUAGAAUUAAUCAGUGUUUUAAACAUCAUAGUAAUACUUCUGUAAUUCAGAGUUAGAUCUUAUAAAUCAAAGCAACAGUUUGGAUAUUUUUUAACAAUAUUAAUAACUGUCAAAAAAUCAGAUGGUCCAACCCCAGGAGCAGAUCACAACUUGGGCAGCUCUGUGGGGAAUAAGACAGGGGAAACAACUGUUCUAACAGCCCACUAGAACAGUGGUUUCAACUCAUAUAGUUCUCAGUGUUUGAGAGGAACAAGGGAAGAAAGGACAUGUACUGAUCCCUUGUGGCUAUGAAGAUACCUACCUCACAGAGUUGGUACAAAGUAUUGGUGGUUUGGUUAAAACUUCAUGAUUUUAGAGUUUGUUAAGCAUUUUAUUGUUUUGAAUAAAAGCAGCAUAUCUAAA